ACAAACACUCAAUCUUCUUCCUUACUCUCUCCACUCUACUAAGUCGUCAGCGUAGUUCUAUGGCUGUGAAGUCUGAUGCGACGGUCGAAGAUAGAAUGCUGGUGUUUGUUCCGCCGCAUCCUUUAAUCAAGCAUUGGGUUUCGGUACUUAGAAAUGAGCAGACUCCUUGCCCCAUCUUUAAGAAUGCCAUGGCUGAGUUGGGGAGGUUGCUUAUGUAUGAAGCAUCAAGGGAUUGCCUGCCUACUGUCUCAGGGGAGAUUCAGUCACCUAUGGGUGUUGCCUCUGUAGAAUUCGUCGAUCCAAGGGAACCUGUGGCGAUCGUUCCCAUCUUGAGGGCUGGUCUUGCUCUUGCAGAACAUGCAUCAUCAAUGUUGCCAGCAACAAAAAUGUAUCAUCUAGGGGUUAGCAGAGAUGAAAAAACACUUCAGCCAACUGUAUACCUGAACAAGUUACCUGACAAAUUUCCUGAAGGUACUCUGGUAUUUGUUGUCGAUCCUAUGUUAGCAACAGGUGGCACAAUUGUUGCUGCUCUUGACCUGAUAAAGGAACGUGGGGUUGACAACAAGCAAAUUAAAGUGGUGUCUGCUGUUGCCGCUCCUCCGGCCCUUCAAAAGCUCGGCGAAAAAUUUCCUGGGCUUCAUGUAUAUGCUGGAAUAAUUGACCCCACUGUUAAUGACAGAGGGUUUAUAAUUCCUGGACUAGGAGAUGCAGGAGACCGUAGCUUUGGCACAUGAAGCCACAAAAAACUGUACAUCCAGGCCAGUCAUUUUUCCCAAUUUUGAAAUUUGAGCAUAUCAUCAGCAAAAUAUUUACCGGCAUUUUUUAUGAGUUUUAUGAGCUGUUUACUUCAAGUGUUUAUUAGUCGUCGAGCAACUUAUUAUGGCUGUCCAAGUAGUUAAAUGGAUCAAACUUUAUUUGAAGCCAAAUCCUCUUUUUGACAAGUUGUGUCAAAGCCAAUGCUUGUUUGGAUUGCAAUGUUGUG